AUGGACACAUCCAGAGAGGCCAGAACGGCCCCGUCAUACAAUAUUCCGUCUCGACAGCUGGUCAGCGUGGAGCACCCUGCCAUCAUUCGCAACAUCGAAAAAGCUAUAGAUACAUUGCAAGGAAAUGCAGCAAUCGGCAAAUUGAUGAACCCAGUUCGAGCUGAUGCUCCUGCGCGUCUGCUAUUGCGACCGGAAGAUGCCAUGGCCCGACCUCUGAUAUCUACAGUCAGCCAAACCAAUAACAUCUUGCUCCAAGUGACAGUACCCAAACAGACUGGUCGGAAGCGCAAGAGAGGAUCUAACGAUCCCUUCACUGCUGCCCCGGAAGGGGAGCCUAGCGCUCGGCGUACAUCCAAAGAUUUAAUGCGUUGCCUUCGUGAUAACGCCUCCCGAUACACGAUCCAACCUGUCGGGAAAGUUGAGCGCACUCAUGUUUUUAGAGGAAUGCCGGACUUUGUCUACUCGACUACCAAUAGUGUAUUCACCCAAAAGUUCCGAGAUCAUAUUGUCCCAUACGAGUUGGAAAAGCUGAAGAGAUUUGAUAUCGACAUGGCGAAAGGUGCUACUACAUAUGCAGAUAUCAUUCCGCCUCCAUCGCUCAGUAACGAACAAGUUCCGUUCAUCUACAUGUACCGCCAAAAUCCGGGCGUUAAACAAACUCUGGAUGAAUCUGGGCGAAUUGUCACGGAGAACAUCCAAAAACCGACCAUUAUCCGAACUCAUCUUAUAGCACACGAUGUCGCUGAAGUCCCCAGCAAGCCUCAAGAAGGUCUUCAACCAAUCCACACCCUUGAAGUCACCCUUCGCAGAGUCAUCGAAUUUAUCACCGAAAUCUUCGAAAAGCGUCCUAUCUGGACACGCCGCGCUCUUAGAAACUUACUCCAAUCAGACGAACAACGCUACCUGCUUCGCCUCGCAAUCCCUUACGUAGGAUACAUAUUCCGAGCGGGACCAUGGCGGGAUGCGAUCAUCAAGCUCGGCGUUGAUCCGCGCAAAUCUCCAGAGUAUCGGGACUACCAGACGUUCAUGUUUCGCAUCAUGCCUGGUGAAUCUGAUAUCGGCCGAGAUAAUGGGGGUAACGUCCGUCGCGAUAGAUACGCCCGUUUGGAUCCGGAAACUCGGAUCGAGAUUCCAGAGUCCAGAGAUAGCUAUCUCUUUACGGGACGCUUGCCCCUCCAUAAAGAUGGAAGAAUUUGGAUGGCCUGCGAUAUCACCGAUCCAAUUCUCAAAGGCCUCCUUUACCCACCGGAAGAAAGCCAUACCGAGCCCCACGUACGAGAGACCUGUGAGAUUGUCUCGGAUGGGUGGUUUGGAAGCGGUACUAUGGGCAAAUUGAAGAUUAUCAUGCGUUCCAAGAUUGCAUGUCUAAUGGAAGGCUACGAGCCAGACGACGCAGAUUACUUGAAGGUUGCUGCAUUUCCUAAUUUUGUUGACACGGAGGAGGAUGUAGUUGCCAACUUCCAGGUCGACCCACGUACCUCAACCCCCAAGGAGAUCUCUUUGGCAACGGAUAUUCGGGCUUCUAUCAAGAGUGCUCCACAUUGGAGGCGGGUCAAUGCGAAGGAUAGGGAGGGAGAGGAGAGGAAAUUGAAGGGCAGAGGAACACGUGCGACUAAAUUGGCGCAGAGGCAAGAGGUGGAGAUGGAUGAGCAUGAAGAGGCAGUCUCGAGAGAAACGGAGAGCGAAGGCGAAGAAGAAGAGAUGGAAAAGGCAGAGAUACUCGAGAAGCAGGUUGCAGCUGCAUUAGCGGCCAGGGAGGCUGCCGAGGAAGAGAGAGGAGAGGAGGAAGGAGAAAGUGAGAUGGAGGAUGUAGAGGACGAUGAUGAAGAAGAUGGAUACUGA